AUGGCUUGCUUGGGUUGCCUCUCCUUCGCCGCCGCCAAACCGGCGGCGGCGAACCCCUCUUCUACGCCGUCGUCCAGCAAGCCCGUCGUAGGCGGGCCCCGUUCGUCGUCCCUUUCUGCUGCCCCUUCGUCGUCGUCGUCCUCACUUGGGCUCACUCUUCGCCUCGAUCGCGCUCCGAAAUGCUGUUUCUCCUUCGGCUUCAGGAGGCGCGCUUCGCCCCAAUCUCGGCCGGUUAGUAUUAACUCUUUCCUGUCCUUGUCGAAUGUCGGCGCUGGAGAGGUCUUUGGUUCCGAGAUGGGCUGUGGAUACGUUGGCUUUGAUCGUCUGGGAUGUUCAUCGGGUGUGUGCUGGAAUUUGGCCUGUAUUCUUUCCUUUUUAGCCUGCGGUAUGAACACGUGAAAUUCUUUCGUAUGUUGUAUUUCUUAUCUUUGAAACUUUGCGUUGUCAGAUUGUCCUGGCAACAGCGAAGUCAGAGCCUCUGAAGAUUAUGAUAUCAGGUGCUCCUGCAUCUGGAAAGGGUACACAGUGCGAGCUGAUCAAGGAUAAGGUAGGUCGUGAAUUUACCCCUCUUGUGCUGGUUCUUGAGUUAUAUUGCCCUCUUUUAGAUCUUUAGUAUGAUAAUUCAGAAGGUAGAGAGUAGGAAGAAUAACUUGGGAAAUGGGUAUGUGCUGGAGUACAAUCAUACAAAACGGUUGGAGAUAAAUCUUUCUCUGAAACCUUCAAACCGGUAAGUGAAAGAGGCAAACAUGAGCGAUAUUUUAUAGUUUACACCAAAGAAAAUCUCAGUGGCUUCUCACACUCAGUGAUGAAUCUAAAAUUCCCCAUUUCUAUGUGUCCUCGAAAAAAAGUUCCAGAGACUGGCUUAUCCAAAUCUCAAAAUAAUUCUACGCCGCCAAAGGUUUAUAUUUCGCCUAUCGCCAUUAUUUCCUCUGAUUAGCUACCUCCAUCCAUGAUACGCUCUUGAUAAUCCUUGCUUAAAGCUUCUGCUCUCUAAUUGUUCGGUGUGCUGAGGUCAUUCCGGAAAUCGUCAGCUAAUCGUUGCUCUUGUGAUAGACAGCCUUACCUUUAUGUUUUCAUAUUUGAGCGCGCUUAUCAAAAAUAAUCGAACGGCUGUCUAAUGAUAGCUGUCAGACAGCAAAUUGAAACGGGCUACAUUCUCAUAUGUUUUGAGCUGUUCUUAAGCCAUCACUUUCUGUAUUGGCGGGAGUCCAGGUUUCAUGAAAUCAUCGAGUUUACAGCAUUUUUCCCUCUCUUGGUUAAAAGUCAAUGAUAUGGUUUUUGUUUUACACAUUUUCUAAAAAUAAUAAUUUUUGAAGAACUUGGAUGAGUCAGUAAAGAACACUAUGAAACUAAGCAUGCCGAGGAUGUGGCGUGUGAUAGAGAGAAAUUGAUGGAUAAUAACGAUGACAGGAGUGUCAGGACAAUGACAAUGAUGGUAAGAUAUCAAAGUAUAAGAAUAUUAAUGAUUUAGAAUGGAUUUAAUCCUCACACACAUUUGGCAAAAGUAAAUGUUAAAUAUGAAGCUGAAAUGACAUAGGACGUCUCAUCACAUGAGAAGUUAGCUAUGCACCAAUGUUUUUUGCAGUCCGUUGUGGAGCAAUGUAACUUUGAGAGAUCUCGCUGACUCCGGAUUUAACCCAUCGUUCUGUACCUCCUUGUAAGAGUCAUCACUCUUUGUCGUUCAAAAAGAAGGGUUUCAUAUUAGUAGUUUUCUGAUCGUUCCAAAUUAUCAGAAGUGUCCUUAAUACUUACUCUGUUGUUGCUAUUUUAACGACUACUUGCUAGUUGCAAACUUGUAAUUCCACAUUUUGGGAUCUCUCUAGCCUUCAUAACUUAUUUUUCGACCUUUCUUACUGAUUAUUGUUUUGUGCUCUGUUGACUAUCAUGUUUCACAAUUUCUUUCCUUUUUCGCUUCAUAAGGCCUUGUCCUGGGUCAACCUUUUCAACAGAAAACAGAUUGAAUGAAGUAGUCCUCUUUUAUGUAGUAUGGACUGGUGCAUAUUGCUGCUGGAGAUUUACUACGAGCAGAAGUUGCAGCAGGGACUGAGAAUGGGAAGCAAGCAAAAUAUUACAUGGAAAAGGGGAUGCUAGUCCCUGAUGAAAUCGUCGUAAAUGUAUGCACAUGCCAUGGAUCCUGAGUGCCCUUUCACUAGAUUGAGAAGCCACAUCCGUCUCCUCUUGGAAAGUUUCUAAUUUUCCAUUAGUUUCUAGAUGGUCAAAGAGCGUUUACUGCAACCGGAUGCAGAAGAAAAUGGCUGGCUUUUGGAUGGAUAUCCAAGAAGCCUUUCUCAGGCAGCUGCUCUGGAAAAUCUUGGCAUCCACCCUGAACUUUUCAUUCUUCUCGAUGUAAGCAUAUGAAGCCUCCAAUUCUCUGUGCUCAUCAUAGUAAUCUCAGAAUGAUUAUUUAUUAAUAUAUGAAGCAUAAUCUCAUUACUGUGAACGUGCUUGAUGUUUGAGCUUUCUAUUCAAAAUCAGCAGAUAUGUUCUCUCAAUUAAUUUAUUUUCCGGCUGGUUCAUGAUCUGCUUCUGGUUCUGCUUUCCUUAAAUGUCAGUUCUAGUCUUGAAGCCUUCUCUUUUGCCAUCUCCUGAUCAGGAUUUCUUGUGAUCACAUAUGCGAAGCGUCUACUUUUUUUUCUGCAUGAAAUACGCCAUUUCUACUAGUGUUCCAAAAAAAAACCUUUAAUUUGUAUCUUCCCUCUUGUUAAUAGUUGUAACCUUCUAGUUUAUGCAUUAUUCAUGCCACUUAUAGGUAAACAAAGCAGUAACUAGCUUGCUGGGGCCUCUAUUUCGCAGGUUGAUGAGGAUAUCCUGGUGGAGAGAGUUGUGGGGAGGAGGCUCGACCCUGUCACCGGAAAAAUCUACCACUUGAAGUAUUCACCACCUGAAAAUGAAGAAAUCGCCGCCAGGCUUACUCAGCGCUUUGAUGAUACUGAAGAAAAGGUUUGCAUCUUCAGAUGGUUAUUCAUGCCAUUUUCACCGUUGACUUCUGAAGCUUGUGGCAACAUUCCAUUUAAUUCUUGAACUGUUCUACGUUGAAGUUGCCUCUCCUGAUGGAAAUUUCCUGUUUGCUUACUUUAUUUGUUAAGGUAAAGCUGCGGUUGCAGACCCACCAUCAGAAUGUGGAAGCUGUGCUCGGAGUCUAUGAGAACAUCACCGUCAAGGUCGUUGAACUCCUAUUGAUGAGCCAUGCGAUUUUCUCCGUUGACUUCAUGUUUUCUCCACUGGUCAUCUCUGACAACAGAAAAUUGUUCCCAAAAAUAGGAAAAAAAAUAAAUAGCUGGAAAACUGAUAUGGCCAUUCUUAUCCAUGCCAUUUUCUCCGUUGACUUCAUGUUUUCUCCAUUCGCCAUCCCUGACAACAGAAAAUUGCUCACAAAAAUAGGAAAAAAAACAAAUAAUUGGAAAACUGAUCUGGCCAUUCUUAUCCAUGCUAUUUUCUCCGUUGACCUCAUGUUUUCUCCAUUCGUCAUCUCUGACAACAGAAUUUUUUUCCCUAAAAUAGGAAAAAACAACAAAUAAUUGGAGACUGAUAUGGGCUUAUUCAUUGUGAUCCAGAUCAAUGGAAAUGCACCAAAGGGACAAGUAUUCUCUGAGAUCGACGCAGCACUGUCUGAGGUUCUUGACAAGAAAUCCAAGGAAAGCUCAUCAUCGAUGGCUGCCAGCGUGGCCCAUUGA